AUGUCCGCCGCGCGUCCUUCUGCCCCUCCCGCUCUCCCCCACCCCUUCACCGGCCCUCCCCCUGCCCCUUCCCCUGCCCCUCCCCCUGCCCCUCCCCCUGCCCCUCCCCCUGCCCCUCCCCCUGCCCAUCCCCCUGCCCCUUCUGCCCUACGCCUGUCCCCUACUGUCCCCCGACCCACCAACCCAUCUCUGUACGAGCGUUGCUGGCUUCCUCUCCUGGACGAGUUGCAAGGGGGACGGCACGGAGCAGCAGCAGCAGCAGCAACAGCAGCAAGCAGGGGAGGAGGAGAGACAGAGCUGCCAUCGUGCCUCGUGCCGCCUCUGGACGUGCACUGGAUAUGGCUGUGCCACAGACUCGCGCCUGUACGCCACUCCGUUGCUGCUGGCCCUUUGCCUUUCCCAUGUGACGUAUAUGCCCGGGACUGCUUGGAAAUGUUCUCCAAAGUUCUCGACUGCCCUCUCCCCCUCCUCGACCCCGCCGCUUCCUCCUCCUCUUCAUCCUCCUCCACCUCCUUCUCCUCCUCCUCCUUCUCCUCCUCCGCACACUCCCCGCACUCCCCAUCCCUGCUCUCCCCUCCCACCCCCUCCAUGCACUCGCACUCGUUCCGCCAGUAUGCAGCAGACCAGCAGCAGCAGCAGCAGGCGGAGGCAGUGGCGGUGAGUCGGCGUGUGUGGAACGAGAGGUGGCCGGGGGACCCAUACGACCUGCACUUCUUCCAGCCAGCCGCUAACACUGCUGCCGGCGCUGCUGCUUCCCUCGCCGCCUUGCACCUCCCGCCCAGCCUGCUCGGUGCUUCCUCUAGCCUCCGCUCCACGCCUUCCUCUCUCUCGGUUGAGUCUCCUCGUGCUCCUCCUCCUGCUGCUGCUGCCACUGGCGGUGCUCUUGGUAGCAGGGCGGAGCAGGAAGGAGGGGAGUGUGCGGGUGGGGAGGAGGCAGCAGCAGCGUCAGUGCAGGAGAGGAUAUCGUAUGAUCUAGAGGCAGCGGUGGCGCGGCAGGCGCGGUUCUUCCACGAGAUAGCGCGCCCACACAUGCACGACGCCAAGUACCUCGUAGGAGCCGUCGAGCGCUAUAAGGCGUUUCUCUGGAUGCUCAAACACCAACUCCCUGCUGCCAACUCCGCUGCUGCUGCUGCUGCUGCUGCUGCUGCUGCUGGUGGUGACGGCAGUGGUGGGGCGGGCAGCAUGUUUAUCCCUGCUCUUGACAUUGACUUCGUGUGGCAUGCACAUCAGCUCGCGCCUCUCGCAUAUGCACACGACUGUAACGCCCUCCUGGGCCGCCUGCUCGCCCACCACGACUCCCUCCCGGACCACCACGCCCCUCCGCCCUCAUCCCGCGCGCCCCUCUCCUCCGCUGAUCAGCAGCAGCAGCAGAGCCCAUCUCUCGCGUCUGCCACCCAAUCCACGGCCGCCACGUGGCUGCGCUUCUACGGCCGGCCCUACGCGCGAGCAGGCACCAUCCGCAAGGAGCCCCCGCCCGCUCCCUUCCCAUUCCCCCCUCCCAUCAAACCCAAACACGGCGUAGGAGCGGGAGCAGUAGGGGGAGGAGGGAGCGGAGCAGGGAGCACGGCCAGUGGGGCGAGCAGCACGGGCACAGGAAGCCACCUCCCUUCGGGAAGCAGUUCCCGAGGGACCUCUAAGAUCGCCUCUCCAGUGUCCUCGCCAGGAGCGUCCCCGAUACAAGACACGCGGGGCGAUCUGCGUACCGACAUUCCCCCUCGGCACGUGUUUGACGCCACGCUCUCCCUCCUCUCCGUCUCCUCCCUGCCUGCCUCCCUCAAAGGCGACCUCUCGCUUCAAAUCUCUGCCCUCUCUGCCUGCCCCUCGCUCCGCCUCCGCUCCCACAAACUCCCACUCCCUCUCCCUCUCCCCUCCCCAUCAUCCACCCCUUCUCAAUCCCUCCCUGCAAACGAGCACCCAUGGCCGAGCACUCCCACGUGGUGGCUAUCACUAGACGUGGAGACCAAGGGGGUGGUGUUGCAGUUGCUCCUGGAGCCGCCAAAGGGCCGGCUGUCAGGGAUAGCGGGCAUGGCAGGGAUGGGCGGCGCACACAAGGCGAGGAGUCUGGGCGAGGUGACGGUUCUGUGGAGCGAUGUGUUUGCUGCUAAGGACCUCUCGUGGCAUGGUGCUCUGGCGCUGGGGUCGGGCGCAGGAGCGGGUGGAAAGGGUUCCUCCGAAAAUCCCCAUGUGCGCAUUCACGUCACCGCCACACCACCUCAGCCGGCACCAGUGCUGCUGAUGCUGCAGCCAGCAGUGGGCACGGACGACAGUGGGCUGCAGCUCACAGCAGCAGCAGCAGCGGUGCUGAAGCAGCAGCAGGAGGGGCGGUGGAUGGCGCGCACCGUGGUGGACCACACUCUCUCAGAGCGCUUCGUCCUGCGCACGCGGGUGGCCAAGGGGCAUGGGUCACAGCAGGUGGAGGUGCCACCUGAGUCGAAGCGGGUGCUGCUGCACCGGGGAGGCUGGUCGCCCUCUCCCAAGGUCAAAGGCGCUCUCGUGGCUGCUGGGGAGCGAGUGGACGAGGUGUGUCAGCUCAGGACACACCACACCAUGGCAACGCAGCGCACCUGGAUGGCCUACUCCGGCUGGACACUCCAAGUCUCCCUCCGCCACUUGCACCUCCCCUCUGCCUCCUCACUCCCCUCCUCCGCCUCUCUCUCUGCUUCCACCUCCUCCUCGUCUGCAUCCUCCUCAGCUGCCAGUGCGCCGGCCUUCCCGGGCCUGCGAUACCAUGUGGCUAAGGUGCCAGGGCCACCGAUGGCUCUCGCUCCCGGUCGUCGACUCGCCUACGCCCGCCCUCUUUCCUCCCUCUCCCCUCUCCCCGCCUCCUCCUCCGCACUCCUCCGCUCGUCCAGCACAGUCGGCGCAGCACCGGCGCAUGGGGGCAGGGGGGGGAGAGGCGGAGCAGGCGCAGGGGGCGGAGGGUCCGAGGGGGAGGGUGAGGACAGGGAGGGGGAGGAGGCGGGGUAUGUGACAGUGGUGCGGUAUCCAGAGGACUGCCCUGGGGGAGUGGCCACUGCACUCUUCAACUGGCGCACGGGGGGGAUUGAGGUGCAACCGCACGAGCGGUUGGAUGUGGUGGCGCUGAUGGCGGUGGCAGUGGCGCAGUCAUGGCACGACCUGCACCUCGCUGCCACCACGGCCGGCACUGCCAGCGCUGCCAGUGCGGCCAAGAAGAAGAGCGCUGGCAGCACGUCGGCUAAGCCUGCCCCUGUCAAGAUCGUUCCCUCUAAGCUGCCGCGCCGUGCUGCUUCUGUGGGCAAGGAUGACCGAUGGGGUACGUGGAUAAUGCGUUUGAAGGCUGCUCGCGUGUUGGGACGCCUCAAACCCCUCAAAGCUCGCUCUCUAGGCCUGCUUGCCGCGCCGUUGAGAAGCCGCGGCUCGGACGUUCGUCGUUGUGGUAGUAAACCAAGGGGGGGGAAGGGGGGACAGAGGGAGGAAAAAACGAUGGCUGGCGGAAAGAAAAAAGGCGGGAAGGCCGCGAAAUCCGCGGCGCUGGCGGAAGAGAAGAAGCAGCAAGAGCAGCAGCAGAAGCAGCAGCAACAGCAGGAGGAGGAGGAGGAGAAGGAGAAAGAGGACGUAGCGUGCGCUCUAGACCCGGAUGUGGCGGCGGCGCUUGCGGCGCUCAUGGUUACCAUCGACUCCCCGUUAGCGCGCUGCGUCGUCCGCGACGACCGCCGCGAAUUGCGGCGUGUGAUCCGGCAGGCGCUAGAAGCGCUCGGUCUAGCGGAGAUUCUAGUGGUGGAAGCUGGGGAGGACGAAGAGGAGGAGGAGGGGAAGCGGGAGGAGGAGGAAGAGGGGGCGAGAGAAUGGAAAGAGGCUGUCAUCGCCAUCACGCCUGCUGGUGCUGACGUGGAGCCUAGUCACCCGUGCUGGGUGGUGCGAAUGGACGAGGUCACGGCGCGAGCUGCACAUCACGGCAGCAGGCACCACCACGUGGGUGCGCUCACAGCGCUGCACAUGGCCGCCCGCUUCCACAGUGCUCGGUGCAUCGCUGCACUGCUGGCAGCAGGGGCAGACGCGAGCCUGGCAGCGGGGCCGCUGGGGCUCACCGCUCUGGAGGAAGCUCUGCUCUCCAAGCGACUGCAUUUUGACUGGGGGGCGCAGACAGCGCCGCUGCGAGUGGUGAACACGCUCAGGCACGAGCGCAACCUCGACUCCAUCCGCCUGCUGCACCAGCACGCGUCCGACGCUCUCCGUGUGGCAUUCACGCUAGCUGGCUGCUUCCGCCUGGUCCCCCUGGUUGCGCUGCUCCUCUCCGGGGGCUCACCCUUAAUGAACGCAGCCGUGCCCCCGUCGCAGCACCCCUGGUUCGCCGCUGUCUCUCUGGGCGCCUGCCAGUGGAUGCACGGUCACCCCUCACUCACCCUCCUGGAUGUCAUCCUCUCCAACCUUCUCGAUCUCUCCCGCGUGCCGUUGGCAAGGGGUCGUGGGGGUGAGGUAGAGGAGGAGGAUGAGGAGGAGGAGGAUGAGAUGUUCUUUGAUGCUUGUGAGGAAGGGGAUGGGGUUUCGUCGCCGAGAUCCUGUGACCGGAGUGUGAGGAGUGAGCGGAGUGAGCGGAGUGAGAAGAGUGAGCGGAGCAGGAGGGUGCAUCAUUCCAAGCGUGCGGCGUGGCUGGGCGCGAUGGGGGUAAUGCUGCUGGAGCCAUGGCAGGAGGUGCUAGUGGGCGAGCAGGAGAAGGAGCAGCAGGAGCGCGAGCAGCAGCAAGUGCUGCGACUGCUGCACGCAGAGCGAGACGAGAGGAGAGAGAAGCACGAGACUGAGCAUGGCAACGGCAACGGGGUGGAGGAGAGCAAGCAGGGGAAGAAGAAGAAGUCAGCCAAGGAAAAGCGAGCAGCAGAGGCAGCGGGAGGAGGAACCGCAGGAGCAGGAGGAGCAGCAGCAGGAGCGGCAGAGGCACGGUGUCAGGAGCUGCGCAUGAGAGGGCUGAAGGUGCUGGAGGCGUUUCUGCUGUUCAACCCGCCGCUGGCAGGCCACGGGCCGAGCGUGCACCAGGUGCCGGUGGUGCGAGCAGCAGCGGGCAAUGACGGCAUGGUGGUGGGGCUGCUGCUGGACGCCGGUGCUUCUGUCAAUGACAGCGACGGCGAUGGCAACACCGCACUGCACUGGGUGCUCCGACAGGUGCCGAGGGUGCCGGUGGUGCGAGCAGCAGCGGGCAAUGACGGCAUGGUGGUGGGGCUGCUGCUGGAUGUGGGUGCGGCUGUGAAUGUCAGCGAUGGGGACGGCAACACUGCUCUGCACUGGGUGCUCCGACAGGCGACCCCAUGGAACGGGCGGGCAGUGGACACGACCAUUCUCUCACAGCUCAUAUCAGCGGGCGCGAGUGUGCUGGCAGGGAACCACGUGGGGGCGACAGCGGUGCAUACAGCAGCAGGCCACGGACACAGUGAGGCGCUGGAUGUGCUGCUGGGGCGAGAGGCCGCUGCUGCCAACGCCGUCACUGCUGCCCGCGAGACUCCCCUGCACUACGCCGCUCGGCACGACCACGUGGCAUGUGCGGCGGUGCUGCUGGCGUUUGGUGCAUCCAACAGCGUGGAAAACGCAGGAGGGUGGAGGCCCGGCCAGCUCGCCACAUCCGCAGAGCUCCGCCAGAUGCUGGGCGAGACUGGGCCCCCCAUGCCCCGGGGCGAGGCCGCGUGGGCCGCAUGGGGUGCUGCUGGGGACCCUGCUGCUUCUGAUGGGGAUGGGGAUCAGCCUUGGGAUGCCUCUGUUUCUGCUGCUGCUGCUGCUGCUGCUGCUGCUGCUGCUGCUGCUGCUGCUGCUGCUGCUGCUGCUGCUGCUGCUGGUGGGGCUGGUGCUCCUCCGUGGGCUGACUCGUUGCAUCAGCUGCGGCUGGGGUGGAAGGAGACGCAGCAGCAGCAGCAGAAGCAGAGCUAUAAGCAGAGGCAGAAGGAGCAGAAGAAGCAGCAGAAGGAGCAGCAGCAGCAACAGCAGGAGCAGCAGCAGCAGCAGCAGAAGGAGCAGAAGCCGGGGUACAAUCCAAACUACAAGUAUAAGACGAUGCUGUGUCGGCGCUGGUCCAGCACAGGCUCUUGCAGCCUGGGCUCGCAGUGCACGUUUGCACACGGGCAGAAGGAGCUGCAACAGGUGCCCAAGCCAUCCCCCCGCGGCCCAUCAGCCUGGAAGAAUGCCACCAGUGCUGCUCCUGCUGCAGGUGGCGCUGGCGCUGGCGCUGGCGCUGGUGGUGCUGGCUGGGAAAAUGCUGCUGCUCCUGGUGCUGCUGGUUGGGAUGCUGCUGCUACUCCUAGCGGUGCCGGUGGCAGUGGCGGCGGUGGUGAGAGCAAGGGCGGCGGCAAUCUCGUGCCAUGGGAGAGCAGCUCGGGCCCCUUGGGCAGCUCAAGCGGAGGAGGAGGGUCAUGGGAGUGGGGCGACCAAUCAGAGGAUUCCAGGAGCACGAGCGCUGGCAGCUGGGGGGUGGCAGCACCAGCAGUGGCAGUGGCAGCGCCAGCGCCGGUGCUGCAUCUGCUAGUGGUGGUGGUGGUGGUGGUUCCAUUGGUGCCCAAGAUAUUCGCGGGGGGAUUGCCGUACGACGUGACAUCGGAUGAUCUAGCAGCACACUUCGAGGAGCACUACGGGGGAGUGGUGGACGCGGUAGUGCUGUAUGAGCCCGACCGCGCAGCCAGCGAGCCGGGAGCCAUGCGCUCGCGCGGCUUUGGCUUCGUGGUGCUGGAUUCAAGAGAGACAGUGGCACGCCUACUGGAGAAACACUUUGUGCCGCUGGGGGGCCGCAUGGUGGAGAUCCGAAAUGCUUCCAGGCGAGGAGGGUUCUCCCCUGCUACUGCUGUUGCUGUCGCCACCACUGCUCCCACCGCUCCCACCACUGCUCCACAGCCGUCCCAUGACGUGCCUCCCAAUCCCCCAGACACCACCAACCCAUCUGCACCGCUCUAUCCUGACCAGCCGCACCACCUGGAUCAUCCAAACCAGCAUCACCAGCAGCAGCACCAGGACCCACAUCAACCCUCCAUAAGACCUCAGCCAGACUCUUGGAGCGGCACUCCUGCUGCUCCUGCUGCUGCUGCUGCUGCUGCUGCUGCUGCUGCUGCUGCUGCUGCUCCUAGAGCUGCUGCUCCUAGUGCUGCUGCUGUUGCGCCUGUUCCUGCACCACAUGGAAGCGCAGCGAGUGCAAGGAAGGUGCUGUCGGUGGGUGAGGUUGAGGCAGAGCUGCAUCAGCCGGUGCAGCCGCCAGUGGAGCAGCCAGUGCAGCAGCCAGUGCAGCAGGAGCAGGCGAGGGGUGCAUCCACACCUACGGCACCCACGCCUACAGACCUGCCCAGAUCUGCUGCGUUCUACCCAGGAGCAGCGGCAGCAGCACACAUGCCCAUUACAACACAUCAGCCGUUCGCGUCGCAGGUUUUCAAUCCACAAGCAUUCGCUCCGCCUGGGUUCUCAUUGCCCGGUGCGGCACAUUCACACACACAAGCAUCUGCACUGGCGCCUGUCCCUGUGCUUGCAGCACCACAUCCCCCUGCAAUGAUGCAGCCAGCAGCAGUGGGUACGGGAAGGGCAGAAACAGCAGGAGAGGGGGGUGUGGCAGAGGCGGGGGAGGAGGAUGAGCUGGCGAGCCUCCUGUCCAUGCUGAAUGCAACUGGGGACCGCGGAGUCCUACCCGUGGCGCGUGCGACGCCGCAAGUCCCGUGGGAUAACUUCACCUCGCCGUGCACGCCGCUCCCGGACCCUCCCCCCGCCGGCUUCAAUCUGUGGAGCGACGCGGCAACGUGGCCGGGGGGAGUGGUGCCGGGCGUGGGGGCGGGCAAGGGCGCCAACGCCACCAUCCCGUGCGGCGUGGCCGUGCUUCUCGACAUGCCCUCUGUCGUCCUCUCCACUCUCACCAUCCGGGGCAUGCUCAAGAUCGAGGACACGCCGUCACGGCCGCUGGUGCAGGUGAACGCGUCGUUUGUGAUCGUGGAGGGGCAGCUGAUCGCAGGCAGCAGCGCAAAGCACUUCUCUCAGAAGGUCGUCUUCACGCUCACGCACAACCCCAACGGCCGCGCGCCCUACCAGUACACCGCCAACGCACCCGCUGACCCCGCCAACCCCCGCAACUUCGGCCACAAGGCCUUCGUCGUGGUGGGAGGGCAGGUGCGCAUGCACGGCAUGCCGGGGGGCUCCUCCACGCCCUCGUGGUGCCGCCUGGCAGCGACAGCACAGGCGGGCGAUACAGCCAUCCUGGUGGACCGGGACGUCUCCGCAUGGCCCGUGGGCUUCCAUGUCGGCCUCGCCUCCACCGACUUCUAUCCCGACCAGAUCGACGUCGCCAAAAUCGUUGCUGUGACGGCGGUGGGCGGCAGCAAGUGGAAAGUGGCGCUGAGCGCGCCGCUCUCCUACAGCCACUUCGGAGAGGUGGUGCCCGACGGGUUCGGCGGCACGAUAGACGAGCGCGGGGAGGUGGUGCUACUCAACCGCACAGCGACCAUUCGAGGGGAGGACGAGGCGGCACCUUACAACUGGGAGGGCGGGCACUUCAUGGUGUUCUUCACUCAGACCGCGCAGCUGAUAGAGGGCGUGGAGUUUGCCCAGAUGGGGCAGCAGGGGCAGCUGGGGCGCUAUAACAUCCACUUCCACCUCUGUGGGAAUCAGGCGGGGAGGAGCGUGGUGCGCAAGAACGUCAUGCAUGACAGCAAGCAGCGCUGUGUGGUGGUGCACGCCACCUUCAAUCUGACGGUGGAGGAGAACGUGGCGUUCAACACGAGAGGGCAUUGCUUCAUGGUGGAGGAGGGCGGCGAGCAAGGCAACUCCUUCAUCCGCAACGUCGGCAUCUGGACGCGCGCAGUGGAGGUGAAGAUAUCGGAUGAGGAGACGGACAACGAGCCAUCCACGUUUUGGAUCACCAAUGCCAACAACAACUACAUCGACAAUGUCGCUGCCGGCUCAGAAGACACCGGCUUCUGGCUGGAGCUGAGGGACCAAGUAAGGGGGCUGUCUUCUCAAUGGCCGCAGAUCAACACGCUGAUUCCCUUCAACUACCACCGCGUGGGCACGUUCGCAGGCAACGUGGCGCACUCGUGUGAGAUUGGCUUCCGUGACUACCCCGGGGGGUUCAACCCCCGCUUCAACGCCUCCACUCUCGACCAGGACGAGACCUACUGGGACCAUCCAGUGUGGGUGACUAUCUCGGGCUUCACUCUCUACAAGAACACCUACGUGGGCGCGUUCAUCCACAACACGGACUACGUGGUAUUCGAUAAGUUCACAGCAGCGGACAACGUGUGGGGGGUGGAGAUGCAUCAGGUGGAGGGCAUAGUGAUGCGCGAUCUCACGGUGGUGGGGCACACCGCCAACUACGGCAACCCCUUUGACUGCACCGACCCGGACUCCAACGGCUGCGCUCCGGUCUCCGGCUGCAAGUUCCCAUUGGCGAAGGGCCAGCAGGGGCGCAGUGUGGGAGAAGGGGGGUGGGAGGAGCCGGUGUACGGGCUGGUGUUCACGCAGAGCCCAUGGUUCACCGACGGGCUCUUCAACAACGCUGUUGACGGCGCUAAGUUCGCCGGGUUUGACAGCACAUGCAAGCCGUCUGCAGCGGUGGCGGUGGAGGGGGACAUGGGGACCUACUGGAACGCCGGCAACAACUUCAAGAACCUCAAGUUCAGCACUGCAACGCGGACCAACCCAGUGUUGGUCGUGCCUCAGAAAUACCCAUCCAGAUACGACCAGGCAGAGGUGGAGGACCAUGGGGAGGCAGCGGCACAGGUGGCGUUGAGGGACAUGGACGGCAGCAUAGUGGGGUCGGUGCUAGGCAAGACCUCCGUUGGCGAGAACACACUCCCUUCUGCUGCCGCUGCUGCUGGCGCUGGCGAAGUUGCUGCUGCUGCUGCUGCUGAUUCUGCUGCUGCUGCUGUUGCUGCUGUUUCUGGUUCCGCAAGGCCCAGUGCUGCAAUCCCUGCGUCCCUUGGCAAGCUUGUCCCGGCACAGAAAGCUUACCCUCAGCACCACCGUCGCCUGCUAGUCACGGCGUCUACUGCUCCUUCUGCUGAUGCUGCUCCUGCGGCUGCUGCGGCGGCUGCUGCUGCUGCUGCAAGCUCCCAUCGUCGCAUGCAUGGCACUGCAGCUUCUGCUGCGGCUACUAUUUCUGCUCUCAAGAAAACUGUCGGCCGACCUAGCAACUACUACCCCAGGCCCCACUCGCACAAACGCUCACGCGCUUCCCGUAGGAAGUCUGCUUCUUCUGCCCGCUUGCCUGCCCGCUCCUCCUCCUCCUCCUCCUCCUCCUCCUCCUCCUCCUCCUCCUCCUCCUCCUCCUCCUCCUCCUCCUCCCCUCUCACCACCCCAAUGCCGUCUGGUUUCCUAGUGGCCAACAACACAGCGGUGCUCCCCCCGCUGACCUCCUCAGGCACGUACGGCUCCUGCAAGCCCAUGCCAGGAGCCAAUGCGUACGCGUGCCCCUCGCCCACACACUGCUUCCGCACCGUCAACGUCCGCUACCUCGAGCCCGCCACCGCAGCCAACGUCAACCGCACGCAGGCCCACGGCGUGAUGAGCUUCAUCAAGGUGGUUCGCAUGAGUGACGGCGCAGAGCAGACGUUUGAUGGGAACUCGAAUCACAUCGAGCUGGAGGAGGGUGGGGGGGAGGCGGUGCGGGUGUUUGGGAUCACAGCGCUGGUGGGGGAGGUGUAUGUGGUGGAGGUGGUGGGGCCGGAUGGGGAGGAGGAGUGGCAGCCGGAGGAGGUUAAUGUGUACUUUGGGGAUGGCGUGAACAAAGAUUUUGCGGGGGACUGUGGAGGGGCUGUGACGGUGAGGCUCAAGGCUCCUGCUGGAGGGGACACACAGUGGGCCGCCAGGAUGGCUGAUAACGCCGCAUGGCGGCCCUGUACCGGCACCACUCAGCGUGCACCCGCCCUGUUCUCAUACGAGUGUGAAGCGGAGUCAGAGCAGCAGCAGGUGCAGGUGGUGCUGCACUGUGGCCUGCUGGCACCGCGAGCAGUGUGGCGCUACAAUCAGGAGGGGGGGGAGCUGCAUCCGCUCUCCCCCGGCGGUCCAGCCUUCUACAACCCGAAUUUCUCGGACUCCUCCUGGCCCUCAGGCCCUGCCCCGCUCGCCUACGUGGGAUUACCUUGCCGUGCCAUGCAGCCCUGCUCCUCUGCUUUGUCCCACCGCCCACACCCUCUCACUCUCAAUGCCCCUGCCUCCUUACCAACGCAACACUCCACUCCUCCUUCCCCUGUCAUGCCAACAGUUGACUGGGACAAGGUGGGCACGUUCCUGGCGGAGCCAUCGUGGGACGCGCGCACGACAUACUACUUCCGCACGACCUUCUCUCUCACCAACUCCGCGUGCUUCUCGAGCUUGCUGCUGCAAAUGCCGGUGAACGAUGGUGUGAUUGUCUACAUCAACAACCGUGAGGUGCUGCGCCUCAACAUGCCCCAGGGGGAUGUCACCAAUGCCACCUCCGCGCUGGCGGAUAAAGAGGCGAUCAAUGACAACGAUGAUGGGUUCAUCUACACGGACAAGACAGUGGCUCUGCCAGGGGCGGCAGCAGCGCCGGUGCUGACAGACGGGGUGAACGUGGUGGCAGCAGAGGUGCACCUCAAUCACGACGACGGCUGGGACAUCGCCUGGGCUCUGCGCCUCUCCGGUCUCCCCUCGUACGUGCCACAACACAUGCCUGUGUGCGGAGCAUGGCACGUGUGA